GUCUGCGUGUCUGCGUCUCUGUCUGCGCCCUCAACCCGCUUCAUUAUUCCAUGUCAUUCAUCCUUGUCUCUUGAUUCAAACAACAUUCUCACCAUCUCGACCCUCGAAGCUUCCUCCAUACACUUUCAAUUCCAUCUUGACAGUCUUCCCUCUAUCCUUUUUCAAGACUUCUUUUCCACCUUUCCAUCUCCACAGCCCUCCCACGCUCGCCCCCGACCUAACACACUCAUCACAACAAUCGCCAGCUCUCACACGACACUUUCAUCUCCGACCUCACCCCUCCUGACCAUCCACCGUAUCUCCAGUACUCAUCCUGACUGAGGCCUCACCCAGUCAUGGAUUCAAAAAUGGACGUUGACGUGGGGAAACCUGCCCAGCCUCACGGGCUAAGUCCCGUCUCUGACCCUCAAUCAAUACCAACUCUCGAUGGCUGGAUUGAGAGCUUGAUGGAGUGCAAACAACUGGCAGAGAGUGACGUUGCUAGACUCUGCGACCGCGCCAGAGAAGUUCUCGAACAAGAAUCCAACGUCCAGGCCGUCAAGUGCCCCGUCACCGUCUGUGGCGAUAUUCAUGGCCAGUUUCACGAUCUCAUGGAACUUUUCCGUAUUGGCGGGCCCAAUCCUGACACCAACUACCUCUUUAUGGGAGAUUACGUAGAUCGAGGUUACUACUCAGUCGAGACCGUCACUUUGCUAGUCGCCCUCAAAAUCAGAUACCCCAAUCGAAUUACCAUCCUACGCGGAAACCACGAAUCGAGACAAAUCACACAAGUCUACGGAUUCUACGACGAGUGCUUGCGAAAGUACGGAAAUGCCAACGUCUGGAAAUACUUUACAGACCUCUUUGACUACCUCCCCCUUACCGCCCUCAUUGACAACCAGAUCUUCUGUCUCCACGGUGGACUCUCUCCCAGUAUCGAUACCCUUGAUAACAUUCGAUCCCUCGAUCGCAUCCAAGAAGUCCCACACGAAGGACCAAUGUGCGACUUGUUGUGGAGUGACCCUGACGAUCGGUGUGGAUGGGGAAUCAGUCCUCGAGGUGCUGGCUACACAUUUGGUCAAGACAUCUCCGAAGCUUUCAACCACAAUAACGGCCUGACGCUGGUCGCCCGAGCGCAUCAACUUGUCAUGGAAGGAUACAAUUGGUCCCAGGAUAGAAACGUCGUGACCAUCUUCUCCGCCCCUAAUUACUGCUAUCGUUGCGGUAAUCAAGCUGCCAUCAUGGAAAUUGACGAGCACUUGAAAUAUACUUUCUUACAAUUCGACCCCUGCCCGAGAGCAGGAGAGCCCAUGGUCAGCCGACGAACCCCAGACUACUUCUUGUAAGCAUCCUUGUCGGCAGACGUUGCCAAUGUUCUCUCCAAGGCCGAUCUCUUGCAUCGAAAGACUCCAAGACUCCACGACACACACCAUAAAAUUCCAAAGACAUCCGUGGAUGGCCGCCAUUCUCCAUGCCACUACUCUCUCAUGGUCCAAUACAGGUGGACAAUGUAUGCUAUGUCUGAAAAGCUUUCCAACCAAGUUCAACCCAAUCACGUCUAGGUUUCAUGUGCAUGGGUUGGGGUGGCACAAUGAGCGAUGACUCAGGACUUGUGUCUGGGUUCCGACUGUGAUGAGACUGUCUCUUUAAUAGAAGCAGAGACAUGGUCCAUCAGUUGAUGGACAGACGUCCCGAUCUUGUACCUAGAUUCUUCAAAUGACAAACAAUGACCACUGGUGUUGCAUGGGUCCGAUUGUUGAUGCGAGUUGAUUCUUGUUUUUGAGGGAUGGACUGGUCUAUGCAUGCUUGUCCAUGGUCUGACGGGUAGAGUUGCUCCGAUAGAGAGACACCACUCACUAAAGACUAAUAAAUACAUGAUGUGGUUUCCGAACAAAUCUCA